CAACAACAAAAAAAAUUAUGCCAAGCGAAUCGUUCGUUUAAGUUUAGUUGGUGUUCAGCCUUAGUAACGGAAGAAUCACAUCAUAAAAACGUGUUCUGUGAUUUGGGUGAAUAAAGAUUUAAAGGCGGUUUAAUCUACUGUAAUUUGGUACACAUUUUUACUCGUCGAGACUUCGAUCGGUUUGUGCGACGAAUACAGAAACAUGCAUCGAACAUUGUUUACAGUUGCGUUGAUUUGUUCAUUUGGGAUUCUGGCCCAUGGCGCUGCCGCUCCACAUUGUCCAGAGCCCUAUGGCGAACAGGCCUAUGCUCAUCCAGACAGCUGCGAUCAAUUCUUUUUGUGUACAAACGGAACAUUAACAUUGGAAACAUGCGAAAAUGGUUUGUUAUUCGAUGGUAAAGGUGCCGUACACAAUCACUGCAAUUACAACUGGGCCGUUGACUGUGGACCACGAAAAUUUGAUCCUACUCCAAUUUCCUCGCCGGGAUGCGAAUAUGCUUUUGGUAUUUAUCCAGACAGUGCAGAAUGUUCGACCUCUUACUUGAAAUGUGCGUUCGGUGAACCAUCACAACACGCAUGUGACGCCGGUUUGGCGUACGACGAACGCAUUCAUGGAUGCAAUUGGCCAGAUCAACUUCUUGAAAUCUGUAAUCCAGAAGCUGUUGUUGGCUUCAAAUGCCCAACUAAAGUUGAUCCAAAUUCACAAUCGGCACGCUUUUGGCCAUACCCACGGUACGCUAUCCCCGGUGACAGUCAUCAUCUUAUUACCUGCGUUGAAGGACAUCCACGUUUGAUUGCAUGCGGUGAAGGUUCCAUUUUCAACGAAGGAACACUUACCUGUGAAGAGCUUAAGUAAAUAAUUCCAACAUAAAAUGUCACUUCUGUUGUAUUCAUUGCCUUUUUUCCCUCAAAUUUAAUUCAAUAUUGUAACACAAGAUAUCGUUACCGUAGUUUCAUCAAAUAUUUACACGCUGUAAUAAACAACAGAGAAAACAAAUGACAUUGCUUUUUAAUAAA